CCCCCCCCACCACCGCCGGCCACCUCGACCGACCCCCGCGACGCACUUCAGCUACCGGCACCAGCGACCGAGCGGUAACUAAUAAAAAGGCCCAGCCAUGGCGAGACCGGGGCACGCCACGACGUCGCUGCUCCUCGCCGUCGCCGCCGUGGCGGCGGCGGCCUCCUGCUGCCUGCCCACGGCCUCGGGCGACAACGCGGCGGUGGCGAACAUCUGCAAGAGCACCCCGUACCCGGACCUGUGCACCGCCACGGCCGGGAAGCAGUCGGUGCGGUACGGCGCCGCCGUCGACGCGCUGGCGGUGCUCAACAUGCAGGUGGACGCGUUCGCGAUGCGCACCGCGGCGGCGCGGGAGCGCGUGUCGAGCGUGGCGAAGACGGCGUCGCCCGGCGCGGCGACGGCGCUGGACCUGUGCGACAGCCUCUACCUGGACGUGCUGGACAACCUGGGCGCGGCGCGCCGCGCCAUCGGGUUCAAGGACGCCGUCACCAUCCGCGCCAUGAUGGGCAUGGCGGCGCAGGACAUGCAGGGCUGCGACGAGCAGUUCAAGAAGGUCGGCGAGAAGAACCCCAUGGACCGCUUCGACCAGUCGCUCCUCAAGAUGUCCGAGAACUGCCGCGCCCUCUCCAAGAUGAUCUGAUCGAUCGAUCGAUCGCCGGCAGGCCGGCCGGCCGGCCGUCGACCAGCCGACGAACGCCGACGACCUUGUGCUGCUCAUUCUGUUGAAGCUUUUCCUUUUGUUUUUUUUCCACUCUUUCAGUCUUAUCUUGUUUCUUGGUAAAAAAUGUGAAAUGUGUUACGUACCUUGCAAAUUGGUCUCAGAAUAGGGGAGGCAAAUUCAAGAGGGUUUUCUAAUUUUGAAUCGAAGUGUUGUAAUUUUUGUUGUAAA